CAUAUUGCCGACCUGCAGAGAGAAACCGACUUGUCGAGCAGACCGAAAAAUAAAAUCCACUCAUCAAACCAUAUUUAUUUUCCUUAAAGCCUACUGCGACCUUAGGACGAAUUUUGCGUGGCCGCGAUGGACCACACGCGCCAGGACUCGGCGACGGAUGCAGAGGACGUGGACGACCCGGAUGGCCGGCUGUACGAGUAUCUGUUGGACAGCGGUGUGUUGAACGAUGUGCACACGCUGGCCGAGUCCAUCGUCGGCUCGUCCGUGUCGUCGUCUGACGUGGACUGCGGUGACGACGACAACAACAACGAUUCCGACUCCGUCGCCCGGAGAAUCGCUGACCGGUUGCUGGAGCAGAACGCCGACGACGUUGAGCGGGCACUGGACGCGGCGGUGCGCGACGUCCUGCUGGCUACUGGAUCGGCCGCCCGGCUGGUGGACCACCGGUGGCCAGGGCUGGUGGACAUUGGGCCUGGACGGCUGGCGCGCGAUACUACCCGAAGCCUAAACGCUCUCGUCCGAUUGCCUUUCACUUACGACACCUACAUGGGCGCGUACUUCCGGCGGCUUACCGAUGGGCUGUCCCGCGCCGUGUCGGCGGACGUGCAUUUCGGCCUUGCUGUCCGCGUGUACGCCAAGCUCGUGGACAUGGCACCGGACCCGGAGAGCGCGGCCGAAAGUUUCAGUUCACUGUGCGAGGCCACGCACGCACGGUGCCUAUUACGGCACCGCCGUGACUUCAGCAAGACGGUGGCAGCCGUGUCGCUAACGGCCCGGUGCCUGUCUGUGGUCUGUAGGCGGGCCGCUGGCUGUCGCGCGGCCGUCAAGUCGGCCGUCGUUGAGUUCGUGGCCACCAUUGCGGCCGAUCCCGGUGGCCGUGGCCCGUACGCCGUUCUGUGCUGCGCCGAUCCGAUUGCCACGUGGUUUGACACCGUUUCUAAGUACCACUCGUCCCGGUCGGCCUUUUUCCAGUGCCUCGAGGGUGAUCGAAGACUGCUUCGGGCCGUCGUAUCCGGUUUCCACGAGUGGAUCGCCGAACCCGAGAUCCCUCGACGGUCCGACGACGCGGACAUAGCGGCCGUGGUCCGGUACGCCCGAGCGCUGCAUGCCACGCACCUGUUGGCCAAGAUGUUUAGGUACCGCGCCACGAUGGCCAUGUUUCCGGUUAAGGUGUCCAGAACGCUGCGGGUCCACGCGGCCGGUAUAGCGAACCACUGUCUCGGAUUCCUGUCCGCCAAUCGCCGGGGCGUUCCUGCGACGUUGACAAACGGCCUUUGCCUGCUGGUGGCCGCAAUUGCUGCGUUUCAGCCCGAGACGCUUGAAUCCAUCGCGGAAAACGCUUUCGGCUUACGCAUACUGGCCAAGGUCACCGAGCGUUCAGACGCGUUGGCAGCGUGCCACCAGUUGGUGGAUGGAUUGUUCGAGAAAAGGCGCUGGAAGGAUGCCGGCGCCGCGGACGUGGAUUCCCUGACGGCGAUCGCGGCCACGUUGACCCUCGGCAGUCACGACGAGGUCUGGCGGUUGGUAACCAGGAGGAUGUCAUUCCUGGAAAACGCCGCCGCCGGUGACCCUAACCUCGGCCGUCGGCGGACACUCUUGACCAACGUGCGCGGGACGCCGCUUGGUACGUUCACGUACGACAUAUCGCAGCGGAGAGAUGCGACGACGCGCCUGGACGACUUCGAUUGGUCGGAUCCGAGACAGCUUUUAAUGAUGAGCGUCGCCUGCUCCACGGCCGCCGGCCGACGCUGGCUGGGUCAGACGGAUGCGUUCGGUUCACUGGACGGAUUCGUAGCGGCCUGUUCGCACCGAACGGAAGUUUCUCUCGACCCGGACGGUGACCGGAAGUCACUAAACUCGAUCGUCCGAGUCGCCUAUUCCUGUUGCGCGUCGAUCGGAGGGUUAAACGUUGUACUUGACCAUUGGUGUGACGACGACUGUUCGGAGUUUGCAGUAACCGGGAUAAUGACACUCACGGAACUUUACUACGCUUCGCUUCAAAAUUUUGAUGGCCAUCCCAUUCCGAGAGACGUUCUCGUGAUGUUGUGGCUGCGUUUAGUACAAGCCGCCACGCACACGUUCAGCUCACGUGUUUACAUGGACUUAAAACUAAACUAUCAAGAAACAUUAUUAAAACUGUCCACCGAAAGCCGUACGGAAGACGAAAUAGUUUUCGUCGACGAAACAACCGAACUUUUGACAAAAUUACAACGCCCUCUGCUGUCGAGGGACACGCGGUACACUACCGAAUCUACUCCUGGCACUCUGGCCGCAUUUUUGGAAAAUACUAAUCAACAUCAUGGGGGUGUCUGGUUACAGAGGGUUCGCUCCAUAAUAAUCCGUUGCGACCAGAUAACCGGAACUGAGACGAUGGAUUUAAUAGCUUCGGUCGGUCAUCGCCGUUUUGACGGCCAACUCGACCUGAGCGCGUUCGAUCGUAAAUUAAAUCUAACCGAUUUCGAUGUCUCCGGAAUACGAUUGGCGCUGAGGUACGGUUCGAGCGUCGGGUUGGUGGCCGAAGAUCCGGCGGCGUCCUCGGAGCUCGAACAACUGUACAGUCGUGUCGAAAGAAGAGGAUCGCCGGUGCUAUUUGAUUGCAUGACUUGUACGUUGUUUAUGGCUUCGCAAGGAUCGGAAAACGGAUGCAUUGAGGCGUGUGCCGUACUGCUCAGACUCUACGAAACAACGAGAUACGUUUGGCCGCCGGCAUUUGACGAGGACGACGACAGGAGAGCUGCUUUCGGUCAUUUGGUUGAAGGGUUGUUGCAACAAGAGCAACCCGAAGUGUACAACGCGUUUAAGAUGUCCGGCAUCUCGUGGUGGCUUCUUUGCUCCAGCUGGGCGUCCGACUGUUUUUGGGGCCGUCUGAGCUGGUCCGAAAUUUGCCGCUGGCUGUGCCUGAUCGUCAUGUACUCUGUUGACUACCAGGCGUUCUUUUUUGUCUGUCUGGCCGUGGCUCAAAAGCGCCGGUGGUUGGAGGCGUACAACCUGGGUCGGUUUCAUGAUACCGUUUUUCAGGGCGAUUUCUUCGAUUUCCGACUGGCUGACCAUUCCACUUAUCUGGAGGAAUUGGCAAAAAAGCACCAACGCUGCAUAUCGAAAAAACUCACUGCCGAAUUCGAUAUGAAUUAGACGUAUUGUAUGUAAUACCCACAUCCAACUGCAGUUUUCAGGUUUCAAUUCACUUUUGUGCGUCGACAAUUUAUUGGUGCAAUAGAUACACUUAUGGAGUAUAUUAUCACUGUCGAAUGACAGUGAGAAGACAAUCGAAUUAGGUGAACCAGUGCGGUAAAUAAAUAAAUGGUCGGAUCCAUGAUUGGCAUAUUUAUGGGCAAAUAUUGAUCCAACCGCACUCCUGUUCAUACUAUGCAUACAUGGGUUUGGAUCCCAACAAUUUCGACCACGACGUUUGUUAAACCCUGCAGACAGAUCCGUAAACAUUACAACAGUUACCGCAUCGACCUUGAUCCAAACGUUUUAACCGUCGGUUGUACAACAUUAAACACGUGCAGUAAACGUCCGGAUGAUAUUAAUUUAAUAAUAUAUUUAUUAUAUUGUUGCUGUUGGUUAGUAUAAUAAUUUCAAAUAUCUCUUUUGAAAUUGAAUUAUUGUUAUCGAGUUUCGAUUGAAUAUAAUAUGUUCUCUUGCAAGUUUUUUUUACGUCGUCAUCAUAUACAUAUACUUGAUGCAAAUCUCAGAAACCAAUAUAGUUGUAUAAAUGUCCUCACGACGAUAUCGAAUCUGGUUAUUUUUAAAAUAAGCAGAAAUUUAAUACGAGAAAUUGGAAUCAGAAUAAAGAUAUGAACGAAACGAUCGAAAUGUAUAGUUUGAAAGGAUUCGUGCACGUCCUUUGGGCAUACUGUUUCCCCCGAGGUUCAAUAAAAAGGUCAACCGAAGUGAAAAAAAAAAUGUUACUUGUGGAUUCAAAAUUAAAUAAAGGAAUUUAUGAGAAAUAAUUUAAGAGAAAGUCUAUUUUAGACUAAGCAGCUGUUAUGCCACUGUACAUUAAAUCUUGAUCAUGUUUUAUUGUUGUCACAAAUCUAGAAAAAUGUACUAAUGAAAUCUGUUGCAUAACACUCGGCAUUACGCUGAUUGGGUAUGUAUAUAUACAUCAAAUACGUGACGUAAUUUUGAUAAGAAAUUAAUAGCUCACGUAAAGUGUAGUUGUGCUUGCAAAUUAUUGAAAGAAAAAACAAUUCAUGAAAUCCUAAAUGAUGAUAGAUUUCAAUUAGGUACCAUUAUAUUAUGGUUGUGAAAGUUGUGCAUAACUUACAGUUGAUCGCUUAAUUCGACCGUUUUAUUAAUGAGUGGCUAAUUGACGGUCCGGGAAUUCGAUUGAUGAAUAAUACAUAAUUGAAUAGUCAUCAUUGGAGCAGAAAAUAUGUGAAUUCAAUCUAGUUUGAAGAACACAACGCAGUUAAACACUUCGACAUUAUUCUCAAUUUCCCUAUAGCGGACGACUCAAAUAUAAGACAAUAUGGGAAUGUUUAAUAAUAAAAUAAUAUAAAAAUAAAGCUACGUUAUAUUAACUCGUAACGUUAUACAGUUAUAUACAGUUAUAUUUAUAUGUUUUAGUCAAUAUUGUUGCAUUACAGUUUGUAUAAAUUCUUAUAUAGGUAGGUACUUGUUUAGACAUGCUAAUUAUAGGAGAAGAAAACGAACCAGUUUUGGCCCCGAAAUGACGACGGUGCUAUAAUAUUAUAUAAUAAUUGCAAUAAGUAAAUUUGAAUAUUAUAAUAUUAUAAUAUAAGACUUCUGCAGCUGGAAAAUGUUUUCGGAUAACCAUGGGAUCGAGUAAUAUUUUGUCGACUCAGAUUUUUUUUUUUUAAGUCGACGCUGCAAGUAGGUAUCUAAUACACAAUACGAGCAUUUUUUUUGGUUGGGUUCUGUACUCAAAUUGGAUUGCGCAACGUUCUCAAAGGUGAAUCCCCAUCAUUCCUACAUAUCAUUACGUGGUUUGUUGAUGGAAUUCGAGUAUAAUAUAAUAGUCACAAGUCUUUCACGUCAGACCUUUCACGUGCGUCACGAGUGGAAUAACAAUUACGAUUCAACGACGGGAUACUCGGCGGAGUGUCUGUUUUCGUUGAAGAAAUUUCUGACCAUUUCAAUACGGUUGUCAGAUAGACUUGAACUAAAUUUAUAAUAAAUGCUGGUAUAAUAAUUGUUACGGUUGGAAUGAUACAAUUUUUGUAGUGGUGAAGUGACGGGCUACGGGUUUGUUCGAAUUCGAGUUUAACAGGCCCCGUGGUGGUUGAUAUCGAAACGUCUUCGAUAUGGGUAAUAUUUAAUAAUAAUAAUAAUAAAUAUUACUUACUUAUAUGCACUAUAAUAUCAUACAAUAAUGUAAAAAAAAAAAAUGUAUAAUAAAGGUAUAUAUUUUAUAAACAAUACCAUUGAAAAACAAGGUUAGGUUAGUCGGUACGUUAAAGGUAUCGGUCGAAACGGAGUAAAAAAAAAAAAAUCAUAUAAACAUAAUAUAUGAACAUUGCCGAUUCAAUAAAUAUAUUCAAUCAAUUUGUUACUUCAUGGCUUUUGACGGUUCAGUAACUCGUUUGAAUUAUCGGUCUCUUUUGGCACAAUGACCAACUACACACACAUAUCACAUAAUAUAACUAAAGACAUUUACACACAAUAUGCGUCAACAUGAGCACAUACCCUAAGCUAAGACAUCGCGAUCGUUAUUAAACGCAAUAUAGCGAAUUUCGAGUUUACCAUUAAGGUUUAUGUUUUGUAUUCAGCGCCGGUGGCGAGUUCAGAAAGAAAAACGAAAAAGCAAUGCGUAUCUGUAACUAGCAGUUCUCCAAACAUUUGUCCAACCACAGCACCGGUUAUAUAAUAAGUGUAGUGGAAAUAAAAAUAAUAAUGAAUCUACGCGUGACCUCACCGACCUCAUACACACACACACACACACACACACACACACACACACACACACACACACACACACACUCACACAUACAGUAGUUAUGAUCGUUUGAAUUUGUGCUACAUAUAUGAACCGCCGAAUGAUGCGUCAACAAAGAGAUGGUGAUAAUUAUUUGACUCGUUAGGGGUAGAAAACAAUGUAGAAUUGAAGUUUUAUUUUAUUUUUAUUAUCAAUAAACAAUAAUUAGCCAAAGUUGGAGCA